AUAGCAGAGAGGACAAAAAAGGCUUAUUUUCCACACUCGAGAGUGAUUUUCCCAGCACCUGAUCAUCAUGUUUGGCUCCUCGAUGCUCAACGACUUCGACGAUGAUCCCUUUUUCGGCCACCACCUGCGCUCCAUGCGCCAGAUGAACAACAUGAUGAACUCCCUGCUGUCGGACCCCUUCGGCAUGUUCGGGGGCUUCGAGGGCCUGGGCGGCGGGCCGCCGGCGCUCAUGGGGGGCGCCCAGACGGCACUGACGCCCUUCGGCUUCCCCAGCAUCAACCGCCUGCUGGCCGCGCCCGGCGGCUUCAUGGGCGACCACCACCAUCCGGGCGUGCAGUCGUACAGCACCAGCAGCUACGUGUCGAUGACGUCGGGGCCGGACGGGCGCCCGCACGUGUACCAGGCGUCCAGCAGCAGCCGGACGGGCCCGGGCGGCGUGCGUGAGACGCAGCGGACGGUGCAAGACUCGCGCACGGGCGUGAAGAAGAUGGCCAUCGGCCACCACAUCGGCGAGCGGGCGCACGUGAUUGAGCGCGAGCAGAACGCCCGGACGGGCUCGCAGGAGGAGCGCCAGGACUUCAUCAAUCUGGACGAGGACGAUGCCGAUGACUUCGACCGUGAGUUCCAGGCCAAGUCGCGCUCCAUUCUCGCCGUCGGCGGCUCUCCCGCCCAGGCGCCGCAGCGCGAGCUUCUGGCCCUUCCCGCUCCGCCUCCCAGAGCCUCCUCCUCGUCGGCUGUGGACCUCGGAUUGCGCUCCAGACGCCUCAGGACGCCCCUCGCCACGCCGCGACGCCCCCUGCGAACGCCCGCCUCGUCGCCGCUCGCGCUGCAGCCGAACAGCAGCUCUGCCAGCAUUCAUCCUCAUCCGUACAACUCUGCGUCUGCUCGGCGCCAUCGCCCGAUGAAGGGCGCCUCGGCGCACCAGCCGCCGCACCACGAGGCUCAAUAAAGGCGACAACCGGCGCGCACUUGGACAAAGCCGCGGCUCGAAGGGCAUCUUCAGCUCCUAAAUUAACAAUCUUACCCUAUAAUUAUUCUUCGUAAUGACAUAUUUCGUCAAGUUAUUUAAAAGAGAGAGAGAGAGAACUUUGGGGAGGGAAGAGAUGGUUUUCCGGCGUGUGUAAACUUUUAGAGAGUAAAA